AUGAAGGGGGAAGAUGAGAAAGCCAUGGAUAGCAGUGCCAGUAAUGACAUUCAGAAGCAGAUCGAUGAGCAGGUGUCAUUGUUUCUCGAAGGCACGCCAGAACCACACUCGCAAGGAUCCUUGGACGUCCGGUUCCGCAAUCUCAAUGUUAUCGGCGCGGGUCUUGGAGCGCAAAAGACUCCCACCGUAACAAAUACCGCCCUACACCUUUUACAGACCUUCAAUCCGGCUCGGUGGUUAUCUCCACCACCAGUUGCAACUCGCAAGCUUCUCCACAGUUUUACGGGUACAGUUCGCGGCGGCGAGAUACUUCUCGUACUGGGCAAGCCCGGUAGCGGAUGCACGACAUUCCUGAAGACGCUAGCCAACAUGCGGCAGGAGUAUCAUGCCAUUGAGGGAGAGGUCGUGAUCGGCAGUGACGAUGCAGUCAGGAUGAAGACGGACUUCCCCGGCGAGUUUGCGUUCUCCAGCGAGGACGAUAUACACUUUUCGUCACUCUCCGUAGCCACGACUCUUCAAUUUUCAGUGAACGCACGUACUUCGCAGGCAUUGCCAAGCCGAUCACAGGCUGUGAAGAAGACGUUGGAUAGCCUCCUCGAUCUCUUCGGUCUCUCGCACGUCCAGAACAUAAGCGUUGGUGACGACUACAAGCGUGGGGUUAGCGGAGGACAACGGCACCGGGUGACAGUAGCUGAAGCAGUCAGUACCAGAUCAGGUGUCAUGUGUCUGGACAAUCCAACCCGAGGCCUUGAUUCGAGUACAGCAUUGAAGCUCGUGCAAAUAAUGCGCAGCUACACAAACCAGCGUGGAGCGGCCACCAUCAUGAGCAUCUACCAAGCCAGCGACGCCAUGGCGCAGCUAUUCGACAAAGUUCUAAUCAUCAACGCCGGCCGAGAAAUCUAUUUCGGCCCCUUGGAAGAAUCAAAGCAGUACUUCGAAGACCUCGGCUUCUACUAUGAUCCGCGGAUGAGUCUGACCGACUUCCUCACCACCAUGUCCGGAGACCACCGUAGCCGAAUAGUCCGCCAAGGAUUCUCCGGGCCGCCGCCUCCUGUCACACCCGAGGAUUUCGAAGCCGCAUUCAAGAGGAGUAAGUACUGGUCGGCGCUGAUCGACGAGACAUCCAUGACGCCGGACGCUCCGAAGAGGAACGGCAAGAUCGGAUACGCGCUACCCUUCUGGAAGCAAGUGUACCAAUGCAUGAUACGACAGCACCGCGUGCAAUUGACGGACCGGGGUCCAUGGGUCGCCGAGGCUGCAGGGCUACUCGCGCAGGCACUGAUGCUGGGAACACUGUACUGGGACCAGCAGGCCGUGACGCGCGGCCUCUAUACACGGGCAGCUGCUCUCUUCUUCAAUGUUCUGGUCAUGGUGCUGCAAGCCUUUGCCGAGUUCGGCAACACGUUCGCUCAGCGCCCCAUCCUACUGCGGCAUGAGGGCAUGAUGCUGUAUCGACCGGCCGCGUACGCCCUGGGCCAGAUUCUGGCGGACAUGCCCUGGAAAGCCGCCAUUGUCCUGUACAACCUGCCCACUUAUUUCCUCGCCAACUUCCAGCGCAGCGUGGGUAAGUUCUUCACCUGGUUUUUUGUCCUUUAUUGCGCCAUCAUGUCCCUUGGCGUCAUGUUCCGAGCGAUUGCCGUCUUUACUGUCUCGCCGACCCGUGCGAUUCUACCCGUCGGCUUGCUGGUGAAUGUUCUGAUUGUCUACACCGGCUUCUAUGUCACGCCGCCGGGCAUGAAGGUGUGGCUGGGAUGGAUCCGGUACUUGAAUCCCAUAUACUAUAGCUUUGAAGGUGUUAUGGUCAACGAGAUAGUCGGAUCCCAUUACCGGUGUAGUCAGCCAGACACAAUUCCAGUUGGAAGGAGCUACAACAACAGCCGAUAUCAAACCUGCGCCGUCCAGGGGUUCGAGUCUGGGGCCUCAUUUUUGGAAGGCGAUGCCUACCUAGACGCUUUCUACGACUUCCACGGUCAACAUCUUUGGCGCAACGUCGGUAUUGUGCUGGGGUUCUUCUUGAUGUUUUCUGUUGCUGUCAUGAUUGGAAUGGAGAGGUUCAAAAUGCCAGCAGGCAAACUUGCCACGGUAUUCUUCAGCACUGGCAUACCCACCCUACGACAUACCUCGGACGUUGAAAGCCAGCAAUCCGGUUCCAGCGAUGGCGAGAAAGAAGAUGAUGGUCAAAGUAGCUCGGCUCAGGACACUUCGACAUAUCACCAUGUGGAAAUAGUAAAGACGCAGCAGACGUUUUCCUGGAAGGACCUGUGCAUCGACGUCAAGACAGCUGACGGGACGAAGCGCCUCUUGGACAAUGUGUCCGGCUACCUCAAACCCGGCUCCAUGACCGCCCUAAUGGGCAUGUCCGGCGCCGGCAAGACCACCCUCCUCAAUGCCCUCUCCCACCGCGCCAAUAUCGGCACCCUCACAGGCUCCAUGUUCCUCUCCACCACCACCCCGCUCCCCCGCUCCUUCAAGCGCCGCACCGGCUUCGUCCACCAACAAGACGUGCACCUGUCAUCCAGCACCGUCCGCGAAGCCCUGCAGCUCGUCGCCUACCUGCGCCAACCGCGCUCCACCCCGCGCGCCGCCAAAGACGCGUACGUGGAGCGCGUCCUCGACCUGCUCGAGAUGCGCGACGUCGCCGACGCGCUGAUCGGCGAGGCGGGCGCCGGCCUCAGCCUCGAGCGCCGCAAGCGCGUCAGCAUCGCCGUCGAGUUGGCGGCGAAGCCAGACGUGCUGCUCUUCUGCGACGAGCCGACGAGCGGGCUGGACGGGGACGCGGCGCUGGAGGUGGUGCGGUUGUUGCGGAAGCUGGCGGAUGCCGGGUUGACGGUGUUGUGCACGAUUCAUCAGCCCGCGGCGAGGCUGAUGCGGGCGUUUGAUGAGUUGUUGCUGUUGGUGCCUGGGGGGAAGACGGCGUACUGCGGGCCGUUGGGGGAGGAUUGUGGGGUUGUGUUGGAGUAUUUUGGUAGGCAUACGCGGAAGUGUGAGGCCUGGGAGAAUCCGGCGGAUUAUUUCCUGGCGGAGUCGGUGAAUCCGGAUGUUGACUGGUUCAGGCUGUGGCAAGAGUCGCCGGAGCACGAGCAGCUUUGGCGGAAGCUGGAGGGUGUAGGAGACAGUGAGGAACCCUCCAGCCUGACUUCCAACAACAACAACAGCAUAGACGACGAUGACCCGGAGCGCUACGCAGCAACGACAUGGGAACAGCUCCGCGUCGUCACACAUCGCGCCUUCACCGACUACUGGCGCGACCCAGACUACGUGCUGGGCAAAUUCCACCUCAACAUCGGGAUGGGCCUGAUAAACAGCCUCACCUACCUCCAACUGCGCUCCUCCCUCACCGACAUGCGCAGCGCCAUGUUCUCCAUCUUCGUCAGCAUCAUCACCGGCCCCGUCAUCGCGCUGGCCGUCGAGCCGCGCUUCACGCGGCUCCGCGACCACUUCCUCGCCCGCGAGCGCGACAGCAACACGUACCGCUGGCCCGUCUUCGUCGCCGCCGCCAUCGCCGUCGAGCUGCCGUGGGCGCUGGCCGGCGGCUGCGUCUACUGGUGCCUGUGGCACUACGCGGUGGGCUUCCCGUACGACGCGGGGAGGGCGGCAUAUGCGUUUUUGAUGUACGAGCUGUACACGGUGUUCGUUACGGGCGUCGCGCAGAUGACGGCGGCGUGCUUCCCCACGGCGCAGGGCGCGCAGAUGGCGACGGGCUUCGUGUUUCUGAUUGUCAAUACCUUCAACGGCCCGCUCAGCCCGCCGCCGCUGACGCCGCGCGGCUGGCGCUGGAUCUAUACGGUGUCGCCGCUGUACUAUUUCGUCGAGGCUAUGGCGGCUAAUGCUGUGCAUGGCCGGUCCGUUGAAUGUGCGCCUGGCGAGACGAGCGUCUUUUUCACGCCGCCGGGUGGGCCGAGCGGUUGUCGUGAUUACGUUGCUGACUACUUUGCUGCGGAGAACUCGACUGGCUAUCUUCUGGAUUCUUCUGCGGAGGGGCGCUGUGAGUACUGUCCGUUUUUGGAUGGUGAUCAAUAUAUUCGGCAAUACGGGUUUGCAUACUCGAAUCGUGCAGAUAAUGUCGGGAUAUUUAUCGGCUUCAUUUUGUUCAACUUCUCCGUCGUUUUCUUCGUUACGUGGCUCUUUUUCAUCCGAAAGAGAAAGACUUGA